AGUGCAGACUCAUCAUUUGCAGUUUAUUUCGAUAUCAGGUGGUCCAUAUUUGGGCGGAAACUCGUGAAAAAUAAAAUUCUCCGUGUGAAAAGUCAGCGCAGUGCAGUUGCGCGAGCUUAAUAAACAAAAGAACCAGCGAAGUGCAAGCAGCUAGGGGCAGCGAAAACAAUAAUGACUUGCCAACGAAAUCCGCACACUUGGUGAGGGGACUUCGGCGUGUUGAGUUUCCCAUCGCUUUCGCCCUUUUCGCGCAUUCCGCCUGCGGUCCUACUAAAUCGAGACGAGCAAAUUGUAAUUUUCUUUCGAGCUAAAAAUUAUAUGAAAUUGCUGGCGAAAAGCGAUUUGUAAGCCGUGUAACCGAAAAGUCAGCGAAAAGCGCUACGUGGUGCGUGAGUGCGAGUGCGAAGGAGAACAACAGUGAGCAGUGCGAGAGAGAGAGAGAGAAAAGACGAGCCAGCAAACUCUACAAACACACAAACAACACAAUGAUGAAAAUGGAGACUGACAAAAUAAUGGACGAAACCAACUCCAAUGCCCAGGCCUUCACAACCACUAUGCUGUACGACCCGGUGCGCAAGAAAGACUCCUCGCCCACCUACCAAACGGAGCGGGAACUCUGUUUUCAGUACUUCACCCAGUGGAGCGAGUCGGGACAGGUGGACUUCGUGGAGCACCUGCUGUCGCGCAUGUGCCACUAUCAGCACGGUCAGAUCAAUGCCUAUCUCAAGCCGAUGCUCCAGCGGGACUUUAUCACAUUGCUGCCAAUCAAGGGUCUGGAUCACAUCGCAGAGAACAUUUUGUCGUACUUGGAUGCCGAAUCGCUCAAAUCGGCCGAGCUGGUCUGCAAGGAAUGGCUGCGCGUCAUCUCCGAGGGGAUGCUCUGGAAGAAGCUCAUCGAACGCAAGGUGCGCACAGAUUCCUUGUGGCGCGGAUUGGCCGAACGACGCAAUUGGAUGCAGUACCUCUUUAAGCCACGACCUGGCCAGACACAGCGGCCACACUCAUUCCAUCGCGAGUUGUUCCCCAAGAUAAUGAAUGACAUUGACAGCAUAGAGAAUAACUGGCGGACUGGACGCCACAUGCUGCGCCGCAUCAAUUGCCGGUCCGAGAACUCGAAGGGUGUCUAUUGCCUGCAGUACGAUGAUGGCAAGAUUGUCUCCGGGCUUAGGGACAACACCAUCAAGAUCUGGGAUCGCACGGAUCUGCAGUGCGUUAAGACCCUCAUUGGCCACACUGGAUCGGUGCUGUGCCUGCAGUACGACGACAAGGUGAUCAUCAGUGGCUCCAGCGACUCCACCGUCCGCGUGUGGGACGUCAAUACCGGCGAGAUGGUCAAUACCCUCAUCCAUCACUGCGAGGCGGUGCUGCACUUGCGCUUUAACAACGGCAUGAUGGUGACCUGCUCCAAGGAUCGCUCCAUCGCCGUCUGGGACAUGACCUCGCCCAGCGAGAUCACGCUGCGACGCGUCCUCGUCGGCCACCGGGCCGCCGUCAAUGUGGUGGACUUCGAUGAGAAGUACAUUGUCUCCGCCAGCGGAGAUCGCACCAUCAAGGUCUGGUCCACCUCGAGCUGUGAAUUCGUGCGCACCUUGAAUGGCCACAAACGUGGCAUCGCCUGCCUGCAGUACAGAGAUCGCCUGGUGGUCAGCGGCAGCUCAGACAAUUCAAUAAGACUUUGGGACAUUGAGUGCGGUGCCUGCUUACGCGUCCUCGAGGGCCACGAGGAGUUGGUUCGUUGCAUCCGUUUCGACACGAAACGAAUCGUCAGCGGCGCCUACGAUGGCAAGAUCAAGGUCUGGGACUUGGUAGCCGCUUUGGAUCCGAGAGCAGCAUCCAAUACUCUCUGUCUGAACACACUUGUGGAGCACACUGGUCGCGUCUUUCGUUUGCAAUUCGAUGAGUUCCAGAUUGUGAGCAGCUCGCACGAUGAUACAAUUUUGAUUUGGGACUUUCUAAAUUUCACACCCAAUGAGAACAAGACCGGACGCACACCGUCACCGGCCCUGAUGGAACAUUAACAUUUUGUGCAACGGCAGCUGCGCGAGUUACAUCUACAAUCCUCGAGCGAAGACGAGGACGACGAUGAGGACGAGGGCGAUGAUUUCGAGGAUGAGGAUUCUAGAGAUGAUGCUGGGGCGUUUAUGGGUGGAUAUGUUAGGCAUCGGGAUGCUGGCGGUUCGGGCUCCGUCACCGGUUCCGGCUCGGAUCCAGAAUCGGAUGACCUGGAUUUUGAUGUAGAUGUUGAGAAUAUUAAUGAUUAUGAUGAAUGAAGAGUGAAUGGUUUUAGCCAGCAUAAACACACAGCAUUGCGACUUGUCUAUUUGAAAACUAUGUUGAACCCAAGAUAUAGCGAUCUCUAAGCGUCUAUUUUACAAUCGCACACAACACACAGAAUACACCCUCACACACACACACACACAUCCACACGGAAACAUACAACACACAUAAUAUGAAUUAAUUGAAGUUAUAAAGCAAGCAAACAAUAAAAAUGCAAAAGGAGUAUACAAAAAU